AUGGCUGCCAAGAAAUCCCUGAUCCCCCCAUUGACCCUCUACCGUCAGAUCCUCCGUGCCCAUCGAACUCACUUACCUCCACAGUUCCGAAUCCUGGGGGACGGAUAUGUCAAGGCCGAAUUCCACCGCCACAAAUCCGUCGACAACCCACUCUACAUUGUUGGCUUUAUUGAGCAGUGGACUGAUUACCUCAACCAUAUUCUGACCUCUUCUGCACCCACCACCACCUCUACAAACACAUCAACCUCAGCGUCGUCAUCACCAGUAGCAGUGAGCACGCCAGAGAGCAGGAGAGACGAAACACUGGCACGAAUCGUGGCGCAGGGUCAACGGUUCGGCAAGAAGUUGGAUUCGACCCUGUUGGACAAGCUGUCAGACCAACAGUUGGGACAGUUGUAUGAGCUGCGCAAGGAGACAAGGGGAUUGCAGUCCCAGCAGGAACUGGAUGAGAUUGCGAAGGAGGAGGCUCAACUCUUUGAGAAGGUCGCCCAUACCCUUCCAGAGUCUGUCCUUUCUUCUUCAAAGUCCUCGUAA